UGCUUGGACUUUCUAUAGACCUCUAUCCUCUCAAUGGAAUUGCCAGUGCAGGCACCAGUGUCUGGUGGCCAGAAAACUUCGUAUACAAUAGAAACCAAAAAAUUGUCCUACAAGUUAUGCAGCAAAUUUGAUGAGUUCAACUGGAUCUGUUGUGGAGAGACUCCAAGAGGAGUUCCAAAAUUCAUUCUGAGGGACGUGAGCUGUGCAGCUAGGCCCGGAGAGAUCACCGCAAUUGCUGGUCCUAGUGGAGCAGGGAAGACCACAUUACUAGAGAUCCUUGCUGGAAAGAUAUCUUCAUGUAAGGUGUCUGGUCAAGUUCUGGUAAAUAGCCAGCCAAUGAAAGAAAAACAUUUUCGGAGAAUAUCUGGGUAUGUGACUCAAGAUGAUUCUCUAUUUCCAUCGCUAACAGUUAAAGAAACACUACUGUACAGUGCACUUUUAAGGCUUCCAGGAGGGAAAAAAGAGGCUGCUAAUAGGGUGAGAAGGCUACUGAAGGAGCUUGGACUGGAACAUAUUGCAGAUUCAAGGAUAGGUGAGGGAUCAAAUUGGGGCAUUUCCGGUGGCGAAAGGCGUAGAGUUUCGAUUGGAGUUGAUUUAGUCCAUGACCCUGCCGUUGUUUUCAUUGAUGAACCAACUUCAGGUCUGGAUUCAGCAUCAGCUCUUCAUGUAUCGACUCUGCUCAAGUCAAUGGUGGUAAAUCAAGGUAAGACCAUUGUUUUAACCAUCCACCAACCAGGUUUUCGAAUACUCGAGCUGUUUGAUCGCUUUGUUUUGCUUUCCAAUGGAUAUGUUGUCCAUGAUGGCUCAUUGCAUUCUCUUGAAGAAAGACUGAAGUUUUCUGGUCAUCAAAUUCCUCUCCAUGUCAACGUGCUUGAGUUUUCCAUCGAUGCCAUAGAAAGCCUGGAAAUGCAAAAUUCAGUGUUAAUCACCAAUGAAUGCUCUCAUGAGACCAGAAAUGAGGGAGGCCAUACCAUGAGGACCCCAAACUUUAACAAUCAUCAAGAAAAGCCUCUCUGCUAUCCUAAUUCUAUAUUGGGGGAGGUUUUGAUACUAGGACAAAGGUUUUGCAGCAACAUUUUCAGAACCAAGCAACUAUUUGCUACAAGAGUGAUACAAGCGCUGGUCGCUGGACUAAUACUUGGAACCAUAUACUUGAAUGUUGGAAAGAAAACAGGGCAAGUUGCUUUGCAGACUCGAAUCGGGUUUUUUGUCUUCAGUCUCACCUUCUUGCUAUCUUCCACAACAGAAGGCCUGCCUAUCUUUUUGCAAGAAAGAAGAAUACUGACCAGAGAGACCUCAAGAGGAGCUUAUAGAGUUUCUUCUUAUGUUCUAUCAAACACCCUCAUCUUUCUUCCUUUCCUUUUAAUGGUUGCUCUUCUCUACUCUACCCCUGUUUACUGGCUUGUCGGAUUGAGGAGGGCAGUUGAUGGAUUUCUGUACUUUUCUCUAGUGGUGUGGAUGGUGAUUUUGAUGUCGAAUUCGUUCGUAGCUUGUUUCAGUGCACUAGUGCCUAACUUCAUAAUGGGGACGUCAGUGAUUUCAGGACUGAUGGGAUCCUUUUUUCUUUUCUCCGGUUACUUCAUAUCGAAGAAUAAGAUUCCUAGUUACUGGAUUUUCAUGCAUUAUCUGAGUUUAUUCAAGUACCCCUUUGAAUGUUUUUUAAUAAAUGAAUAUGGAGGAGAGCAAGGCAACAUGAGGUGCAUAGAGUAUGAUAAAGGGGAAUGCAAACUUUAUGGAAGUGGGUUCCUCAGACAGCGAGGCCUGAAAGAUUCACGAAAAUGGAGCAAUUUAGCUGUGAUGUUGGGUUUUAUUAUUGGGUACAGAGUGCUAUGUUUUGUGAUUUUGUGGUUUAGAUGUUACAGAAGAAGAUGAAAUUGUUCAUCA